AUCAAAAAGUUAUUUCCAUGGUUUAAAGUGGGUCGGGUGAGCGGAUAUCUGUUGGGUCGAUCAUCAUUUCCACUCUCCUCUCUCCCACGGGCCAUUGCUAUCCUACUCUGCUACCUUCGACCUUCUUCAACACGGUGCAACUAGGUUUCGGAAAGAAUGAAUUCACAAAAGGUAAAACCACUUGUAGCAUUAGAUGGUACAGCCAAAGAAGGUGGCAUUGGACCAGCCAUCGGUUUGGUUGACAUAGGCGAGAGCGAGUGUGCUUACCUUUUCCAAGUUUCUCUUCCCGGCGUUAGGGAUAAAGGUAACUUAAAAUGUGAUAUACAGAGAGAUGGCAAGGUGCACAUAGAGGGUGUGGUCACAGAGUCUCGGCUAUUGAGGGACUCGCCCACAGUGUAUCAAGUGAAUGUUCAAGAGCUUUGCCCGCCAGGACCGUUCACUUUAUCAUUCAGUUUGCCCGGACCGGUGGACCCCAGGCUGUGCUCCCCAACAUUCAGGCAAGAUGGUAUCCUGGAGGUCGUCGUAGUGAAGUUUGGGUUGCCUCGCCUGAAAGGCGAAGGAGGCUUGUCUGUGAAUUGGUCAAAUGGUUGGUUUCAUCCAUCUUCUUAACUCUCAUGAUAGGUUGUGGU